AUGUAUCGGCGCGAGGAUAUCAAUGUCAGCAAGCUCUUGACGAGGCUGCCAAAGGCAGUGAGGACCAAGGUCCUCGCCAAGGAGUUUGUUGACGAGUGCUGGGCAAUCUUCAAGAAGUACGAUGUUUUUCAGCACGAGAAGUUGGAGGGCGUGAACCUGUGGAAAGCACUCCUCGAGGCUCUCCCGGAGUCGUUUUCGCAGGCCAUCCUCAAGAACCAGCACGGCUGGGCCUUGCAGCAAGAUUCCGUGUAUGGGUUCACUGGGUGCGGUCGCGAAGGGGAGCCAGCAAUCUCCCUCAUCAAGUUCCCCGAGUAUGUGAAGUUCACUCUAGCGCUCAUCCUCCACAAAUAUAGUGUCAACGGAAAAGUCCUCGACUGCAAAAUGGCGCUGAAGUCUCAGGAGCUGGAUCACAGCAAGCGAAAGACAAAGAUCGUCGCAAGCCUGGGGCCAGCGUCUUGGAGCGAGGAGAUGAUCCCCAAGAUGAUCGAAGCCGGAACAGACAUUUUCCGCUUGAAUUGCUCGCACCGUCGUGGUGGGGACUUCGAGCGAGUCUAUCCGCUGAUUCGGAAGUAUGCGAGGAUGCUUGGCCGACGCGUGGAGGUGCUGGGAGACCUGCAGGGACCCAAAUUCCGCGUGGGCGAGCUAGCCGGUGAGCCUGUUCCACUCGUGGAUGGGGAGAUUGUAGAGUUCGGCAUCUGCAAGGACGACAACGACCUCAUCAAGCCUGGACGCAUCACGAUGAAGCCGACCAAAGAACAGCUGGCGCUGGUGAAAGCAUGCAAGGUUGGGAUCGAUCUUCUCAUUGAGGAUGGCAUCAUGAAGGUCAACGUUGUGGAGAAGAUUUCAGACACCGAGCUGAAGGUGAAGGUCGUCCGUGGCGGAAAGCUCAAGGCCCGUAAAGGCGUGAACGUGCCUGACUGCGAGAUCGAUUGCGCCGCCCUCACCGAGAAGGAUAUUGAAGAUGCUGAAUAUUUGCUGCAGCUGGAACCUCCAGUCGAGUACAUUUGCGUUCGGGUGUCCUUCGCCCAGAAGGGCCAGGAUCUGCAAGAACUUAUUGACAUCAUGGACCGGUUGAAGGUUCCAGCCGAGAGGAAAAUUUGCCCGAAGAUUGAGAAGCCACAAGCCUUGACCAACAUCGAAGGGAUCAUUGAGAAGUCUCAGGCGCUGAUGGUAGCCAGGGGCGACUUGGGCGUGGAGCUCGAGUUGGAGCGAGUCCCCUUCGCCCAGAAGUUGCUCAUCGCCCGUGCCAAGAAGGCCGGCCUCUUUGUCAUUAAUGCUACUCAGAUGGUGGAAAGCAUGAUCGAGAACCCGGUGCCUACUCGAGCAGAAGUGAGCGACUUGCAGAACGCCGUGUUCGAUGGCUGCGACGCCGUGAUGCUUUCCGGCGAGGCCGCUAGCGGCAAGUAUCCCUGCGAGUCCGUGAAGGCUGAGGCCGACGCGGUCCUCGAGGCCGAGACGGUCCGAGACUUCCUGAAGCCGCAGGUCCCAGACGGGGCCAUCGUGGACGAAGCCAACAAGCCCAGAGAGCUGGAUGACAGCAAGCGGGCGACCAAAGUCGUUGCUUCUUUAGGGCCGGCUUCCUGGAGCGAGGAGAUGAUUCCCAAGAUGAUUGAGGCCGGAACGGACAUCUUCCGCUUGAAUUGCUCGCACCGCCGCGGUGGUGACUUCGAGCGCGUCUACCCGCUGAUCCGCAAGUAUGCCAAGGAGAUGGGGAAAAAUGUGCAGUGCCUCGGAGACCUCCAGGGGCCCAAGUUCCGCGUUGGCGAAUUAGCAGGUGAGCCUGUGGAGCUGAAGAACGGUGACAUUCUGGAGUUUGGCAUCAGCAAGGACGACAACGACAACAUCCGUCCCGGCCGGAUCACCAUGAAGCCGACGACGGAGCAGACGGCCCUGGUGAAGGCCUGCAAACCAGGUACCCCACUCCUGCUGGAGGAUGGAAUCAUGGAAGUGAAGGUCGUGGAGAAGUGCUCCGAGAGCGAACUGAAGGUCGAAGUCACUCGAGGUGGCAAGCUGAAGGCGCGCAAGGGAGUGAACGUGCCGGACGUGGAGAUCAACUGUGCUGCGCUGACAGCGAAGGACAUCGAGGAUGCGGAGUUCCUGUUGCAGUUGGACCCCCCUAUCGAAUAUAUUUGCGUUUCGUUUGCUCAGAAGGGUCAAGACCUGCAAGAGCUCAUCGACAUCAUGGAUCGCCUCAAAGUUCCCGCAGAAAGGAGGCCCAAGAUUUGCCCGAAGAUCGAGAAGCCGCAGGCCUUCACCAACAUUGAGGGCAUCAUCGCGAAGUCUCAGGCCCUGAUGGUCGCCCGCGGCGACCUGGGCGUAGAGCUGGGGCUCUGCCGCGUGCCUUUCGCACAGAAGCUGCUGAUCCAGCGCGCCAAACAAGCGGGGCUGUUCGUGAUCACCGCCACGCAGAUGGUCGAGAGCAUGAUCGAGAACCCGGUGCCGACUCGAGCAGAGGUGUCCGAUCUCAUGAAUGCUGUUUGGGAUGGCACCGAUGCCGUGAUGCUGUCUGGAGAGGCUGCCAGCGGCAAAUAUCCUUGCGAGGCAGUCUUGGCGGAAGCAUCCGCGACCCGAGAGGCUGAGACGGUGAAGCACCGCUUGCAGCAAGCCUGCCCCUUCGUGGCCAUCAACAGCAAGAUGCCGUUGCGACCGCCCAAGAUGCUUAAUUGCGGCAUGGGACUCAAGAGGCAGGAGACAGACCACAGCAAGAGGAAGACCAAG